CGAAAACAAUCGACUCGUCGCCAAUGGAGGAUAACAAUUCUCUCGUGUAUGGGCUCGAGUUUCAGGCAAGAGCACUUGCAUCGCAGCAAGCCGAAAGUAAUGAUGUGCGGUUUUUCGUUGCUACGCAAAGCCUCAAGCCAAACAACCAGCUGCACGUAGUCGAUCUGAACGAGGACAGUUCGGCCCUGCAGUCGCGCAUUUUCGCCCAUCCGUACGGGGAAGUAUGGCGACUAACGGCAAGCCCGCACGAUCCGCGAUCAUUGGCCAGCUGCUACAGUAUGCUGAAAGGUGGUACACAGGUCGUGAUGGAAACGGCACUGAUAACGCUACCGGAAUCUCUCGAACCAAAGGACAACGAGCAGGAGUUUUUGGCAUUCGAAAAUGUAGAAACGCUUGCCACGAGCGAGUAUGGGUCGGAAAUACGUACCACCGAGUUCCAUCCAUCCGAUGCGAACCAGCUGGCCUGUGUGGUGGAUGGUAAGAUAGUACUGUUUCAUCGGGCGGAAGCAGCAACGCGCGUUGUGGCUGAGAUAAAUGCUAAAAAUGUGCCCAAGUUUACAACUGGCCGGUGGUCCCAUUUUCAUCAGGGCAAUCAUUUUAUAGCCUUGCAUGAUUGUAGCAUAAGAUCGUACGACGUCCGGGACCCUAAUCAUGUGGUGUGGAGCAUCGAGGAAGCACACAGCCAGAUGGUACGAGACUUGGAUUGCAAUCCAAACAAGCAGUGUCACAUUGUGACCGGUGGCGAUGAUGGUGUGAUGAAGGUGUGGGAUUUCCGUAACACGAAGGAACACGUGUUUGCCCGCAGCGAUCAUCACCACUGGAUUUGGAGUGUACGAUUCAACACGUAUCACGAUCAGCUACUGCUGUCCAGCGGUAGCGAUGGUAAGGUGCUACUUACCUGCGCCGGUAGCGUGAGUUCUGAAGCGCCGGAAGUUAUUGCUGGGCCCGAUGCAGUUGAACCAGCGGGCGGUAGUGAGCUGAGGGAACAUUUGGCGGACGGGUUGCUGCAAACUUUCGAUCAGCACGAGGAUUCGGUGUACGGUGUCGAGUGGAGUACGGCCGAUCCGUGGAUGUUUGCAUCGCUUAGCUACGAUGGGCGUAUGAUAAUCUCCAAGGUGCCCAAGCAGUACAAGUAUCAAAUAUUGCUGUAG